CUACUUAUUAUUAGGGUCCACCACGUUAUGUAGCACCGUCCAGUUCACGUCCGGUCAACUACUGCAUUACGCAUCAUCGUCCAACAGUAAGUCGAUCAUCUACUACGUCCAGUAGUAAUCCAACUACCCGGAGGUUCCCUUACUUUAAUACCAUCAUCCAUAAAUCAUCACACACAUUCAUCCAUAUGCAUAAGCACAAAGCGUACCUCCACCUUCGGUAGGUGGUGGGACAGUGGCAGACUCAGAAAAUUUACAUAGGGGUGUCUUUUUUCAAAAAAUAAAAUAAAAUAAAAUAAUUAAUAAUUAAUAAAAAUUAUAUUAUUCUUAAUAUAAGAAAAUACCCAACACGUACAAGUUAAAAAAAGUCAAUGAUGUAUUUUCAUAUUCUAAAAGAUUUAUAAAAUACACGUGGUGUCUACAGUGUUCAAUAAAUUUGUCUUGGUAUAUCCUACUAGACAAUUAUUCAUGAACUGACGCAUAUUUGACUUCUAAAUUUGUUCAUGAUGUAACUUAAAGCAGAAAAAGCACUCUCAACACUUGUCGUACAACCAUAAAAUCAAUACAAAUUAAGGAUAGCUUGUAAUUAAAUUAAUUGUUAGGUUUUGAAAAUAAUUAAAGAUAGAGAAUAGGAUUUUGCUAUUACACGGUGUUUAGAAUAUAACAACAACAAAGUUGUAGUCUAAUGAAAAUUAUAUGUAUUAGUAAUAGUAGUAUCCCGGGUUUGAAUUACCCAAACUACCACUUAUAUUCCCAUACGCAAACUACAAACGAGAGUAGUAUAAUCGUUCUUUUAAAUUUCAUGAUGUCCCGGACUAUUAAUUAUAAUUUUUUUAUCAAUACGUAAAUUACUACCGGGGGUUGGAUAAUCGAUCUUCCAAAAUUUAGGGGUGUCCAAUUGGCCCUGGGUACCCCUGCGGUUGGAUACUCAAAUAAAUAAACACGCAUAACUCGUAAAUUAACAACAUGACUUGAAAUAAAUAUGGUGCAUAGUUCAGCACUUCAGCCUAAUAAAACAAUUUUAGAAAUUACGGGCUAAAGUAGAAAGUUUCAGUAUAAUUUGGGUCAAAAUAAUGGAUUAUGAUAGGGUCAGUAAGCAUUCGUAUGAGUAACUAAAUCUGGACCUUUAGAUCUAAGUGGGUCCAUAAAAUUCAGAUCUAAGGGUUGUCAAUUAAAGACAUUUUAUUUUCCCUAGUUUUCUUAAUCGGCUCUUAUCUUCUUCAUUCUAACUCUGAUUUCAAUUUUUUUCCCGUAGAUGGAACGAGUUCGUUGUGCUCUACAAAAUGAGGUCAAUUUUCAAUAUAUUUCGAGAAAGUUUUUUUAUUACCAACUACAUACCGUAUGAUAACUUCUUUAUUUUUAAGUCGUUUUUUUAAAACGUGUGCUCAGAAGUAACGAGUUCAUGAUGAUCUAUUGGAUCUAUAAUUUUCUGGGUGAAAAAAAUACUAGAUAAAAAAUUAUCAUACUUUACCAAUAUGGUAUGUGGGUGGUAACUUGUAGUAAACAAUGAUGUAAGUCGUAAAAUGACAGUUAGUAUACUCCUAUUAUUAUGUAUUCAACCUUCUUACCAUAUUGGUAUGUUCAUACUUCAUACCAUCAUGGUACGCUUUCUUACCAUAUGAUAUUAAAUAGGAGCAUACCAUAUGGUAAUGACUGUUAAAAAAUUAUUCAAUUUUUUUUGUACUAAAAAUAUAUCAAAGUGGAUAUCAUUUUAAAGAGCACAUUUAAUCUGAUUUAUCCGUGAGAAAAAAAAUCGACUUAAAACGAGAGAGAAAUCGUUCAUUAAAAAUUAAAGAGGAAUAGAUAAAAGACUUUCCAGGAGAGAGGAUAUUGAUGUCAUACUGAUAUGAACAGGCUACUCAUGCUUACUAACCAUAGGAUUACUAACCUGAUCCGUUCUCCAAAAUAAUGUAUUAACCCUAUUUUUCUUUUGUUGUCGUUGAUAUUGCCUUAUUGGUAUUUUUUUUUUUUAGAUUAAAGGAAGAGCUGAACGCAUAGAGAGAGAAAGAGGAGGCCGGCGCCGGUGGGCAUGUGGAGCCUGUACGGAUGGCUGUUCAACUUCAUCUUCCUUAUAGCAGUUAUUAGCAUCAUCGGCUACGAGUUAAUGUGCCUCACGGAUCUGGAGUUCGAUUACAUAAACCCGUACGAUUCAGCUCGCCGGAUAAACAUGGUGGUGUUGCCGGAGUACAUUACCCAGGCGGUGUUGUGCCUGUCCUUUCUGUUGACCGGUCACUGGGUGUUGUGCCUCAUCUCGGUGCCUUACCUUUACUUCAAUCUCACGCUCUACUUGCAAAGGAAGCACUUGGUUGAUGUGACGGAGAUAUAUAACCAGCUGAGCAGGGAGAAAAGCCAGAGGCUUUUCAAGCUGGGCUACCUCGUCAUUCUAUUAGUCCUUUCUUUGUUCUGGUUGCUUUGGACCAUCGCGGGGGAAGAAUUUGAUUAAAACUUUGACAAAACCAAGGUAUCCAUUCUACUUGAAUUGAGCCUAUUUGUUCAUUCGUUUGAGCCCUGUCCGUUUCUGUAAGGAAGGAAGUUGAUCAUUCUAGUGUUUACCUGCUUUUCUGGAAGGGCAGAUGGAGACAUAAACUGCUUGCUUGGUUGGAUACUACUUUCAGGGCUUCCACCGCAACCUGGUUUAAGUUUGGAUGAUGUCAAACCUUUGUCUGUCUUUUCGGUCUUAGGUUAAAGUUGCUUCUAAUUUGUACUCUUAUUUUAGGCGUUCCUUUUAUCCAUAAUGGUCUUAACCAAGCUAGUUAGAAGAAUUCGGGCCUGUUUUGUGUGUUGCUUUUGGUUUUGGAGCAGAUACUAAUAGGUUUCAAGCAAUUCCAUAAAAAAAAAUUGUGGGAUGGAAGGUUUAACUGUCGAGCGGAUCUUUCUUUACUUGUGGCAAUAGAGAGAACUUAGCUUGCUGCCUCAACUUAAAGUUAUGCAACUAAAGUAGGUGGGAGUUGUGGAUGUAAGAGGAUAGAUUAACAAGUUGCCGUGAGUCGUCAUGAUGUGAACACAGAAAAAGUUAUGGUUAACGAUCUGAUUGAGUCGCGAACAUGUACUGCUCUUUUUGAGACGUUCGUGGCACUGACUAGUAUUGAAGACCACAAUUUCCCAUCUACUGAAGAUAUUGCUUGGGGGAACAUCAAUGUUGCCAUUCAACAAGAAAAAAAUGGAUAGAAAAGGGAGGUAGACGAAGAAAGUGAAGAAUUGGGAGAGCUUGGUGCUCAACACGGAGAAGAUCCUUCACUAGGAGGAGAUGAUGUUGAAGAAGUGAUUAAAUCACAAGGAAUGAUCUUGGUUGUGGUGUAUGUUAAUGAGCCAAACCAAUGAACACCCAACCUCGAGAAACUCCUUGCAAUGGAUCCAUUCGCCAAGACUUUUUGUCAAAUUGAGGUCACACCAUCAUCAGUUCAUCCUGGUGGAUGCAAUGGUGGUCAAUCUGUACAAAGCUACAUGUUUUGGGGUAAAGAGAUGAAAGAAAAGGAAAGAAGAGGUCUACAUAGGCACAUCAGAGUCUCAAGAUCGAUCAAGUCCACGAGCCUUCAAUCAUGGUCGUACCAAAUGCUUGGGACUUGAGACUUCAAAUAACCAACAAAAACCACUUCAAUGAUGUCUUGGGAUGGACUUGAUGUGCAUUAUAUUAGUGAAAACCAAAUGUAAUCAAAGUUAUAAAUCCUA